UCUGUCUCUCUCAGUGUGUGCAGAGCCCAGUGAGGAGUUCUCUCUCAAUGCUGGGAGAGCUGUUCCCUCCUCCCACGCUGAUUGGCUGAGCAGUGUGUUGGAAUGCUGUGCUGUGAUUGGCUACAGCUAGUUAAAGGGAGCCCUAUUUAAAUCAGUAGCUCCAGCAGAGUUUGUUACAAAGCUGGAGGUGGGAGCAGCCAACAGACUGAGAGAGACAGCCAGACAGCCUGAGAGCUUGUUACAGAGCUGGGAGCAGCCAGAGACAGCCAGCCUGAGAGCCUGUUACAGAGCUGGGAGCAGCCAGAGACAGCCAGCCUGAGAGCCUGUUACAGAGACAGCCAGGCUCAGAGAGAGAGAGUGCUGGUCCCAGCUGGGAGAGUAACCCUGUGUGCCUGUGAUUUACCCUGUGCAGGGGAGAAUUUGCCUGCAGUGUUGAUGAACUCUGCUCUCCUGUGAGCCCAGUCUGUGCCCACCAGCCCCUUCACCCAGAUUUACAUGAAUCUCUUGGACCCCUUCAUGAAGAUGACUGAUGAGCAAGAUAAGUGUAUGUCAGAGGCUCCUAGCCCCAGCAUGUCUGAGGACUCUGCAGCCUCCCCCUGCCCUUCUGGCUCAGGAUCAGACACUGAGAACACCAGACCCCAGGAAAACACCUUCCCCAAGGGGGACCAGGACAUGAAGAAGGAGACAGAGGAUGAGAAGUUCCCAGUUUGUAUCAGAGAAGCUGUGAGCCAAGUACUCAAGGGAUAUGACUGGACUCUGGUCCCCAUGCCAGUCAGGGUCAAUGGCUCCAACAAGAGCAAGCCCCAUGUCAAGAGACCCAUGAAUGCCUUCAUGGUGUGGGCACAAGCAGCCAGGAGGAAGCUAGCAGACCAAUACCCACACCUGCACAAUGCUGAGCUCAGCAAAACCCUGGGCAAGCUGUGGAGGCUUCUGAAUGAGAGCGAGAAACGUCCUUUUGUAGAGGAAGCAGAGAGACUACGAAUUCAGCACAAGAAAGAUCAUCCAGAUUACAAGUACCAACCACGCAGGAGGAAGUCUGUGAAAAACGGGCAGAAUGAGCAAGACGAUGGCUCAGAGCAAACGCACAUCUCUCCCAAUGCCAUCUUCAAAGCCUUACAAGCCGACUCCCCACACUCUGCAUCCAGUAUGAGUGAAGUUCAUUCCCCAGGCGAACACUCAGGUCAAUCACAAGGCCCCCCAACUCCACCGACCACCCCUAAAACUGAUGUGCAGCCAGGAAAGCCUGACUUGAAACGAGAGGGGCGCCCUAUGCAGGAGACAGGCAGGCAACCACCACAUAUCGACUUCCGUGAUGUGGACAUUGGAGAGCUAAGUAGUGAAGUCAUCUCAAACAUUGAGGCCUUCGAUGUCAAUGAGUUUGACCAAUAUCUUCCCCCAAACGGUCAUCCAGGUGUUGCUUCUACCCAGGUGACUUACACAGGCAGCUACGGCAUCAGCAGUGCUUCCAGUGCCACUACUGGAGCUGGGCACGCUUGGCUGUCCAAACAACAGCAACCACAGCAGCCACCACAGCCACAGCAACACACGUUGUCAACACUAAGCACUGAGCAGAGCCAGUCCCAGCAGAGGACACACAUCAAAACUGAACAGCUGAGCCCCAGUCAUUACAGUGACCAACACCAGCAACACUCCCCGCAACAGCUCAGUUACAGCUCCUUCAACCUGCAGCAUUACGGUUCUUCCUACCCAACAAUCACACGCUCACAGUAUGAUUAUACCGAACAACAGAGCUCCAACUCCUAUUACAGCCAUGCAGCUGGCCAGAGCUCCAACCUCUACUCCACCUUCAGUUACAUGAAUUCCAGCCAGCGACCCAUGUACACUCCUAUUGCAGACAAUACGGGGGUCCCAUCUAUCCCCCAAACACACAGCCCACAACAUUGGGAACAGCCUGUGUACACACAGCUUACCAGACCCUAGACUGUAAACAAGACAUUGACUUUUCUACGUCUACCACCCUCCAGGACACAGGUGGCGCCCUCUGCUGGCAACCAGUGAGAAUGGGUGGAACUUUUGAUAAAGGACUUAUCUGUAUACACAGAGGGGGCAGCAGGAAUAACUCCAGACAAGCAAUUAAAAUGUGCUGUUCAGUGGACUUUGCCAUGAGUUUUUUUUUUUUUUUUUUUUUUUUUGAGCCAUAAAUGGGGGGAAAAAAAUAAAAGAGCAGAUCCUCUGUGAGGACUAUUUUCUAUUUGCAAAUAUUCUAGUAUGUACUGUGUAUGUUUCAUUACCUUUUUGGGGGGGUUUAUACAUUUAUAUUUUAGAAAAAAAAUGUUUAAAAAAGUGUUUUUUUUUUUUCCAACUUCUUAAAUAGCUCUUAGUGAAAAUAUACAUCCUCUGCUUUUCUUACAAUUGAAAGUAUUUUUUUAAAAGACAGAAAACAAUCUAUUCUUGUGUAAUAUUUGGAUCACAUGACCAGGUCUAUAUAUUGUGUUUCCUUAAAACCAGAUCGGCCUUUUUUAUAACCGUUUUCUAUGCAGUAUUUCUGCCGCUCUGUAUUGUGAAUACCGAAGUGCCAAUAUCAAAAUUGCAGUGAAAUUCACACGUUGCCUGACACUAUGUGUUUCUUACCAGCCUGUAGACAAGUGCCCUUGCUGUCUUGGACUUGCAGAAGGAAAGUGGGUUAAAAUUCCCAAAAGAUUCUGAAAAAAAUGGAAGAAAAAUCUUAAAUUAUUUAUUUUAUAAAAAAUAUGCGAAAAAAAUAAAUAAAAAAAAAAAGCUAUGGAAAGAUUCCCAAUCUUUUUAAUUUUUAUUUUGUAAAAAGUAAAUAUAUUAGCAUGCUGCUGAUUCCGCUCUGGGAAGAAAUGCUUUUGUUGUUGUUAAUUUAUGGGUUUUUAUUAUUUUUAUUCUCUUGCAUUCCAUUUUCUUUUCUUAUUCAUUUUUAACCCUAAAUUCCUUCUCUUAGUCUGAGAAAAAGACAUGUUUAAUGAGGAUAACAUCCAUUAAUCUGGAUAAUGUAGUGGGAAAUAAAUGCAUACAUUUCUUUCUUUUUUUUUUUUAAACAAAUCUAAGAAAGAGGAUAUAUUCUGUUUAAGUUUAAAGAAAAUAGAUCUGACUUUUACGACCAUUUUAUAUCUAUUUAAAAAAAAAAAAACAACAGACAAGUACUUUUAAACGCCUCAAUUUUAAUUGUAUUUUAAAUUUUUUUUCAAUAAGGUAAACGGUUAAAUUACAUCUUGAUGUUUUACCUGCUCGGUGAGAACCAAUUAAAUAUAUAUCUCUACAAUAAGAAACCAUGGUGCACUAUGAUAACUGUCAACAUAAAACAGUUUGACUUUAGCAAACAGUUUAACUUUUGCUUAAAAAGGAAUCAUUUUGUUUUUAAUGUGUUUUUUAUAUAUAUAUAUUAAUUUGUCCAAGUUGCGCUACCAUUGAGCACUCCUUAACUGCUGCCUUUGUUACAAAGAGCAAGCCUUAAAUUUUCCUUUUAAUGAAAGAAAGACGUACAGGAGAUUGACUUUAGAAUGUCAGCCGCUCCAUUAGAUUCCUUUGUUCAUCUGAAUGUUAUUUUUGUUUUUUUUUCUUUAUCUUUCUGCAACUUAUUGUAUGUGUAUUUGUUCUCAAUAAAUAUAAUACAUUGUACUAAACCA